CAGACCAGGCAGCAUCCUCAUUUCCGAUGUCGCGGCGCGGCGGCGCUACAUAGCUCUCCGUCGUCUCAGCUUACCGCCUCCCCGUUCCAUUCCCCAGCAGCCGCAUCACCGCGCCCAAAAUCCGCCGCUCCCCGCUCAAAUCCCCGUCUCUCCGGCCGCCGAUUGCCGGACAUGAAGCAGAAGAAGCCGGCGACGGCGGCGACUACCAGUACCAGGAGGAAGGCGGCUGGGGCAGCGGCCCCCGCACCCAAGAGGAGCGCGUCCGGUGGAGCGGGCGGAGGCAGGCCACGGAAGCGGGCACCCGAUCUCCCCAGCCACGGCGAUCUCAUCAGCAACCUUCCCGAUGCAAUACUCGGCACCAUCAUUUCGCUCCUCCCCACCAAGGACGGCGCCCGCACGCAGGCCAUCGCCCGCCGGUGGCGGCCUCUCUGGCGCUCAGCACCCCUUAACCUCGUCGCCGACUACUACCUCUGCGCCAGCAGGUUCAAGCGCUUACCCCUCGUCUCCAAGAUUCUCUCCGACCACCAUGGCCCCGCCCUCCGCUUCCGCUUCCCUUUCAUCCGUCUCCACAAAGCCAAGAAGAGGUACGCCGAGGAUGCCGCUCAGGUCGAGAGCUGGUUCCGUUCCAGGGCUCUCGCCAACCUUCAGGUGCUCCACAUCAGCUUCGAACAGGACUAUACGCAUGCGUCCGAGAAGCGUUUCCCGCUGCCGCCAUCGGUGCUUCUCUGCGCAUCGACCGUUGUUCUGGUCGGAAUCAGCUUCUGUGAUUUCCCAAAGGAGAUACCUCCUUGGGUGAGUUUUCCCUUGCUCAAGGAGCUCUACCUACGCUGCGUUUCCAUCUCCGAGGAUGUCUUCCAUGGGGUGCUCUCUUCUUGCCCUGUCUUGGAGUCACUGUAUCUACAGAGCACUGGGGAUGUGGGUUGCUUCCGCAUUAGCUCACCAACUCUUAGGAGCCUGGGCCUCUGCAAAUGUUUUUCAAUCCAAGGGGAACUGAUCAUCGAAGACGCCCCUUGCCUUGAAAGGCUGAUACUACCUCAACCAGGUGAAGGCGGUGAUACUAUCCGGGUGAUCAGAGCACCUAAACUGCAAAUAUUGGGCCGUUUGUCAGGCCGCAUCUCGGAAAUUGAGAUUGCAAACCUAGUCUUCAAGAGUUUAACCCCAGCAAGCUUCGAUAACACGCUAAGCAGCGUGAAGAUUUUGGCUCUCGAGUUUUCUUCCCCUGAUUUGGAUGCUGUAAUAGAUGUCUUAAGGUGCUUCCCGUGCUUGGAAAAGCUGUAUGUCAUGUGUAUGGAAUUCUUAAAUAUACCUAUGAAGAAAAAUGCGCAUCAGUACAACCGACUAGAUCCAGUCAAAUGCCUCGAGACUCAUCUAAAAGAACUGGUGUUCGAUGUUUAUGAGGGGGAUGAGCAAGCUGUUCACUUUGCCAAGUUCUUUAUAUUGAACGCGAAAGUGCUAAAGCAAAUCAAGUUUGGAGUCAGUGAGAAGAUCGGCAAGGAAUGUAUGGCUGAUCAAUACAAGCUGCUAGAAGUGGGAAAUAUGGCUUCUCCAGAUGCACAAUUGGAAUUCAUACAUAGUGGUGAUAACUCCUUGGGUGCCCACGAAUUGCAGAUCCCUUAAGCUGAUCUUGUUUAAAUGAGGUAGACGCUCUUUCAGAAGAAUCGUACUAAUAGCAUGUUAGUUGUCUGGUCUAGACCGGAAAUUAUUACCCUUUUCUUGUUCGGUAGACAUGGUUGAUGCUUGAAUAUUGUGCCCUGUCUUUGUCCUAAUCCUUGAAUUGGAUAUGGCUGCUCCACUUCCAGGCUAAUGUUCCUUUGUAAUGUCCAACAGGGUAUGUCAUGAAAAAUAGUUUACUGCCAAGAGUUGUAACUGGGAAAUAGUAAGCUGAGCACUAAACUCCUACCA